CCGCACCGCGUCCGCGUGCGCCUGCCCCCCUACCCCACCGCGCCACCACCGACCACCGUCUCCGCCCUCCCCGGCGGCGCGGCCGGCCAGCGCCAUGCGCAUCCGCCGCUACGCCGCGCGCCUCCUCUCCUCCCCCUCCCUCUCCCCCACCGCCAACGCCGCCCCCUCCUCGCCCCCGCCCCCGCCCGCGGCGUCCUGGCUCCACGCCGCCGCCGAAGACUGCUGCGCCUUCUGCGAGCUCAGCCGCCCGGCACCGCAGGAGGGCUCGGACGCCAUCAAGCACAAAGGGCACAUUGCCAGUCGGGUGCCGGAAUCCGAUGUCGGGGGCGAUGAGCGCGUCCGCCAAGCUCAACAACCGCCUGCUCCGGAAGUUAAGAAAUGCAAGGCUGAUCAUGGAUUCAAUGUAAAUAAAACUUCUGUGGAGCUGCAGGCUCCGAGGGCAGCUUCUGGGGUUAGUGAAGCUGUAGUAAAACCAGAAGUUGCAGGAGGAGCUACUCUUGUUAAUGAAGCUGAUGCUGAGCCUGCUGCCAAGCCUGGAAAUUUCAUUGUUGAUGCUGCUGCUAUUGGGCAGGAAGUUAACUGUAGAUUUUCUCUUGUGAACGAUGCCACCAAGCCAGAGGUUACAGGGGGGGAUUCUCUCUUGAACGGAUCAACCACUGGAUUAGAAGUUUUGGAGGAUGCACCGCUUGCUAAUGAAGCGGCUCAUGAUCCAGAAGUCACAGAGAAAGUUUCUCCUGAGAGUAAAGUUGCCACUGUGCCGGAGGUUACAAGCGUUGCGGCUGAAGUUACAGGGGUGCCUUCUCGUAUGAAUAAAUCUGGCAUCAUACUUGAAGUUAUAAGGAGAACUUCAUCGGGCAAAGCUGUUAACGAUCCAGGAGUUGCGACCACCAUGCUCAGGACAGGUUCCCUAAGUACUGAAGGUGCUGAUAGACCAAAAGUUACAGGGGUAGCUUCUUUCAUGCAAGAAACUACUAAACUGGAAUCUGUAGGGGAGGAUUAUGUUGCUAGCAAAGCUGCUGCAGAACCGGAAGAUUCUGGCAGAGUUUCUUCAAAUGUAGAUGAUACUGCUACUUUAGAUAAGCCACAGCUGCCUAGUUGCAAUCCAAACAUAGGCAACGUGCAGCUUCGAAAUGCUGGAGAGACUGUUGCAAGCGCAAUGCAACCUUCUGGAUGUGAUGCUGCAAAAGUUCACAGUUUUGUGAAUUCCACAAGCAAUGGUCCUGUUGGAGCCAAAGGCCCAACUGUUGAGGGAGGACUGCUGAAUGAUGGAUUUGUUAAACCCAGUGUUUCAUGUGCAUAUGACAUAGUGGCUCGAAGCAUUGGUACUUCAGGGAGAUCUGAUGUUAUUUGUUAUGCUAGGCGGAGAGGUAAGAGGAAGCUGGAGCUGCUGGAGGUAAAGACGGAAAAUAUUGAAUUGGAAGAUGGUGUUAUAUGCGAGGAAGAGACACUGGGGAGAACUGGUCGUUGUGAGGGUGUCUUGUCAACAGCUGGAUCUGUGGAUGUUAAACUUGCUGACAUAAAGAAAGAACUUAUGGAUAAUUCAGCUGCAAGCAAGGUUAAAAAGACGAAGAGAAAUAGAUUUGAAUGUAAUAUUGAUUAUUGCCAGAUGACAUUCAAGACAAAAGCUGAGCUUUCUGUUCACAAGAAGAACAUGUGCACGGUCAAGUCAUGUAGCAGACAUUUCAGAUCCCACAGGUACCUGAGACGCCAUCAGAGUGUUCACAAUGAUGAUAUGCCUUACAAGUGCCCAUGGGAUGGUUGUGGUAUGGCUUUCAAGUGGUCAUGGGAUCGGGCUGAGCAUUUCAAGGUCCAUGCUGGGGUGAAGCCUUAUAAAUGCACGAUGCCUGGGUGCAACAAAAUAUUUAAGUUUGUUUCAGACUUCACUCGGCACAGGAGGAGGUGCAAACCACAGAGGUAAAAGCUUGUUUGAUACUACAGAAUUAGGAUAGUAGUGAAGUCUGUGCUUGCUACUGUAGAUGUUUUUAUUCAUUUGCUAGGGGAUCUUCUCGCAACUGGUCUGACAACUUACAGUGGGAUUGUUCGUUUCUUUGUUGAGGAAAAUGUUAAAAUCUUUAGCUUAGAAACUUGAGUAUCUCAAAAUAUCUGUGUACAUUUGCGGAAGCUAGUUGAUAAUAUUGCCGCUGGUUACGACUUACGACCAGCGCUGUAUCGAAUCUGAGACCUAGAGCUGUAAAUGAGAAGCUAUUUUUUAUUUUUAUGAUUUUGUUUCAGCA